ACGCAUUAAUCUCCGCACCGCCAUGGCUUCCCUUCGCCAGGACUGCCAACCCCCGCGCUUUUAAGAAUUACCAAGUGCAACCGAGGAGAGGGACCCGUCAGCUGGCUAUAGCUGUGAACAGGCGCAGAACGGCAGCAUGUGACCAUCUGCGGUUUGGCUGAAGUUCGUCUCGAUUCUGAAAUAUUCUUCCUCGGCGCUGAAGUGAGGAUGGGCGUGAACGUGUGGAGCUUGGCAUGGGCGGGUCUGCUCCUGGGUAUAGGUUGGGCGUCGGGGGCGUGUCUUCCCAUGGGGGAGGGGCAGGUAUUCCUCCUGGGCGGGGACGUCGUCUUGACAGAACUUCUGCCUCUUCACUCGGGUCGAGAUUGUUCAAAGCUGGGCCUAACCGAAGUACAGAUCAUGGAAGCGACGAGGCUGGCAGUGCAAAAGGUCAACGAACUUGAGCUUAUCCCCGGAGUCACACUGGGACUGCGAGUGGUGGACACGUGCGGCAAGACCGAGCGCUCCGUGAAGAUGGCGCUGGCCUCGCUCGCGGACGACACCAGGGACUGCAUCAACCCGGCCGUCUCUCUCGGGUUCCUGGGCCCCGGCGACGGUUUCAGGUGCUGUGAGGUUGCUGCUGUUGCUUGUAUUGGUGGUGUUGACAACGGUAGUUUUGGGCUCUCAAGGUGCAUGAGCGGUGACCAACGUACUAGCGGGCGCUGGGAUCAGGUCAAUGAGCGUGGUCCACACGGCGGACGCAGAGGGCGAGAUCCUCAUGCAGCACUUCAUCACGGCCGCUGA